ACCGUUACUCAUAAAAGUUGACAUGGCAAAGAAAAAAGUAACAACCUUAGACUCAAAAGCGGCUGCCAAAGCUGCGAAGAAGGCAAAAGCAGCGCAGAAAGUGGAACGCAAAGAGAAGAAGAAGACAGGCAAGCAGCGCGAUGAGGAAGAUGACGAUCAGGACCUGGAAGGGAUUCUUGACAAGAUGCGAAGGGAAUGGGAAGAUGCUCACAGAGUAACCGAAGAACUGGUCGAAGGGCCACCGAGCCGGAGAGCAAACGCGACGCUGACCGCUUGUCCGAAUGGCAACCAUCUGUGGUGCAUCGGAGGCGAAUAUUUCAGCGAUGACGGGAAAGCGCACUUUUACAACGAUGUAUUCAGAUAUUCGCCUGAAAAAGAUGAAUGGCGGAAGUUUGUGUCACCAACAUGCCCAGGACCGCGUUCUGCACAUGCCGUAGUCGCAUCGCCAGUCGGUGGCGGGAAACUCUUCCUUUUCGGCGGAGAAUUUUCAUCGUUGUACCAGAACUCGUUUCAUCACUACCGGGACUUCUGGUGUUUCGACAUCGCUACUCAUUCAUGGGAUCGCAUCGACACCAAGGUUCGUCCUUCUGCGCGGUCAGGGCAUCGAAUGGCGAUAUGGAAACACUAUAUCGUGUUGUUUGGCGGGUUCUACGACCCCGGCAUUCGCACUAACUAUCUAAAUGACCUCUGGCUAUUUGACACGCAAGAGUACAAGUGGAGACAUGUCGAGUUCAAGGAGAAUGAGCGAAACCCUUCUCCUCGUAGCGGGUUUUCAUUCCUAUCAUCCGCAGACGGCAUCCUGCUACAUGGAGGUUAUUGCAAGGAAUAUGUCAAAGGCAGCCGGCCAGUCGGGGUCAUGCUUGACGAUACCUGGUUCCUUCCGAUGACCUUAAACCCAGUAUCAGAAACCGGUAAAGCAGCAGCGAAUCCAUUGACAGUCAAAUGGGAGCGGCGAAAACGACCUUCAACGGCAUUCGCACCUUCUCUCCGAUCGGGGUGUACGAUGACUUUAUGGGGUGCGAAGAACAUGGGGAUCCUGUUUGGUGGCGUGACGGAUGAGGAUACGGAUGAGGAGACCAUGGAAAGCGUGUUUCAUAAUGACUUGUAUGGGUACCAGAUCGCUGGAAAUGGGCGGUGGGUUUCGCUCGCAUUGAAAAAGCCCAAGAAGAAAGGUGGAGCGAAAACUAAGAAACCCGCGCUUCAGCCGAAGAAAUAUGUGCCCAGCGAUGAAGAAUCUGAGCCUCCUAACUCGGAAGAUGAGGAUGAGGAGGGCGGUGAUCAAGAGAUCAAAAGGUCCCAGAAGAAACCCGUGCCCCGACCUCCGCCAAGUAUUGACCCAGAAGUCGAUCCCGACGAUCCGAAUUCAACGCUCCCGCUACCACGCUACAAUGCCAUGCUUGCAGUGCUUCGGAAUACAUUAUACAUAUAUGGUGGUAUCUUCGAACGAGGCUCUCGGGAAUACACGUUAGAUGAUUUCCAUUCUCUUCAACUAGACAAGCUAGAUCGGUAUACCUGCUUGAGGCAUAGUGGCGUGGUAAUCCCUGCCGAAGGAGAAGAUGAGAGUAGUGAUGAAGAUGAGGGUGACGAUGACGACGAAGAUGAUGAAGAUAGUGAAGGAGAUGAUGAAGGGCGAGAACGGGAAGCGCAAGAACGUCAGAACAGGGAGAAUCUGAAGAGGACGAAGAAAGUGGAAGUAGUCGUAGAGGAGGUGAUCGAAGAUGAGCCGCCAGAGGUUCAGCCUGAGACUCCAGAUCAAGACGCUCUUCACUCCAAGGCUGCUGCAUUUCUGGGUGUAGCCAAAGACACCACUCGUUCUGCUGAGGAUGUCAUCAGCACUCCACUUCCGGGAGAGACUCUCGCGAUGUUCUACGCUCGUUCUCGUGAAUACUGGGCCCAGAAAGCCCAUGCAUCGAGUGAUAAUCGUGGUAAGGCACUUCGUCGUGAUGGCUUUGCGAGAGCACAAGAACGAUAUGCGGAGUACAAACCAAUUUUGGAGGAAGUCGAGAAGAUCUUGGCUGAAGCGGGUCUCGACGAGGAAGAAAUGAGGAAAGGCGCCGCAGCUGGGCCUGCUGGUCAAUCUGGACAGAGUCGCAACCGCAGGUAACCAUGUAUACCACUGUGUUUGACAGUGGGAUAUGGCGGCAUUUAAUAUAUCGCAUGUGGUGUCGAUAUGACUGCAGCACUGGCAAGAUGACAGUCUGAUAGCAAAAAUACAGCAGUUAAAUUCUC